AUGGGGCCUAAAGGGUUCCCUACACCUCUGCAGCGGGCCCUCCCCGAGGCAGGGUGGAGCGGACGCAGCGGCGGACGCCGGGUCUUCAGCGUGUUCGAAGACGACGCUCCGGGCGUCACCUCAGGGCCGUCGACCCGCACUUGGACGCAGACCCUGUCGCUGCGUCCUGCCGCUCUGUGCCUCCGUGGCUUGCGUCUGGUUCCCGGGACACAGGAGGCUUCCUGCGAGGGACCGUCAGCUCCCGGGGCCAGCGCGGCCGCCCUGGAGAGGCGGAGGACUCCUGGGUCCGGGGCCCUAGAGGAGAUGAGCUUGAUCUUGAUGGGGGGAGAGGGGGUGCAGGGCAUCCCCGAGGGCAAAGGUUACGCGGCUCUAGAACAUGUGGCUGUUUACAGUGAAGGGAUCGACUACAAGACAACCACCAUCUUGCUGGAUGGCCGGCGGGUGAAGCUGCAGCUCUGGGAUACGUCGGGGCAGGGAAGAUUCUGUACCAUAUUCCGCUCCUACUCUCGGGGUGCACAGGGCGUGAUCCUGGUCUACGACAUCGCAAACCGCUGGUCUUUCGAUGGCAUUGAUCGAUGGAUCAAGGAGAUUGACGAGCAUGCCCCUGGUGUCCCUAAAAUCCUGGUGGGAAAUCGCCUGCAUCUGGCAUUCAAGCGGCAGGUGCCCACAGAGCAGGCUCAGGCCUACGCUGAGCGCCUGGGUGUGACCUUCUUUGAGGUCAGCCCUCUGUGCAACUUCAACAUCACGGAGUCCUUCACGGAGCUGGCCAGGAUUGUGCUGCUGCGGCACGGGAUGGACCGGCUCUGGAGGCCGAGCAAGGUACUGAGCCUGCAAGACCUCUGCUGCCGUGCCGUUGUGUCCUGCACACCUGUGCACCUGGUUGACAAGCUCCCACUCCCCAUUGCCUUAAGAAGCCACCUCAAGUCGUUCUCCAUGGCCAAUGGCCUGAACGCCAGGAUGAUGCACGGCGGCUCCUACUCCCUCACUGCCAGUUCCACCCACAAAAGGGGUGGCCUCCGCAAGGCCAAGGUCACCCGCCCACCCCAGAGCCCACCCAAAAACUGCACUAGAAACAGCUGCAAAAUUUCUUAAGGGAGACACUAAAAAGAAACACACUGGAAUCUCUCCAGGACAAACUCCAAAUAGUUACACCUGUAAGGCGGAAGACUCAUUCUAGAUGCAAGAAACAUGCAUUCCAUUUCUCGUGGUAAUGGAGCUGCUUCGAAUGCGUGCGGCACCUUCCAUGCAAUGAAAACACAUUACGUGGUUUGACUUUUAUAUUUCUACGUGGAUGUGCAUGAAACUCUUGUAGACAUGUGUUUAUAAAGGGAAAAUUAGUACAGUGCUCAACUCUUUACGACAUGAAAUUUUGAAUGUUCCUUAUAUCACGAUUACCGUGCAACCUUUUCCUUGAAAUAACUGCUUUUAUAAGAGGGGUGAUGUGCGUGUAAUGAGUAUAAAACCCAGGGAAUGUGAGAAGCAAUGGUAGUGACCUAAUUUAGAGUCAUUGAUAUGAGAGGGGUCUUUUUGUAAACCUCCUUUUUAAUGUCAGAGCACCAGUUUAUAAAAUGCUGCAGCUGCCUGUAAAGAUCAUGUACAACACAUCUGUCCAGUUUGUGUAUGAAAUGGAUUUGAUAAAGUUUUUGCUAUGUUAUUUACUACAUUUUGGGAUUAAUAAAUGAUUUAUAUGCAUAUUUUUCUGUAAAUCGACAUUUUUUUGUACAAGAUGUUCUACAAGUUAUGAAGCUAAGGGAAGACAAUGCCAAAGAUACCUCUGCUUACGCUGAACGUGACCAACAUGCUCUCAACAGACCGGCACGGAAAGAGCCGUGUUGGUACGGAGCGAAGUCAAAACACUGCUAGUUAAGAACAUGUUUCUCAACAAUAAAACGUUGACUUGUUUCUCUCUUG